AUGAUGGGCUUCUCCUCUCCAGUCCUCCCAGUAGCCGCUCUCGGACUGCUCCUCGUGGUCCUCGCCCAUAGAGUCAUAAACUGGGCGAGAACCAACAAAUCCAGUCUGCUCCAAGCCCUCAGACUGCGAAAAGAGACCAGCAGCGAGAUCGUCUCUCUACGCGUCUACCCCAUCAAGUCCUGUCGCGGGUUUGAACUCCCCAAAACCACACUCCGCCUCCACGGCCUAGACCUUGACCGACAAUGGAUGUUCGUAGACGCAAAGACCCACGAGUUCCUCACCAUUCGCCAAAUCCCCCAAAUGACACUGAUCAACACCGGCCUCAGCGAGGACGGCACCUCCCUCCUCCUGAGCAUCACCGGGUCUCAAGAGAGAAUCCAGAUCCCCGCCCGCCCCGACGCCGCCUGGCUAGCCGCACACACGACCCUCUCCCAGGUCAAGAUCUGGGACACCGUGACAGACGGGCACGUGUACGGGGACGCCGUCAACGCGCCGUUCACCAGGUUUCUGCAGCGCGACGUCUGUCUAGUCUACAAGGGCCCCACGCCGCGCAUCCUGCAGGGCAACGGCGACCCGCGCCUGCUGGGCCGGCAACAGAGCACCUACUUCCCCGACGUGCAUCCCGUGCUGAUUGCCUCCAAGGCGUCCCUGGCGGAGCUCAACCAGCGACUCCGCCGAAACGGUGCGGAGGCGAUUACCAUUGAGCGGUUCCGGCCGAAUAUCAUCGUCCGGGGCACGGUGCCUUGGGCGGAGGACUCGUGGAAGACGGUCCGGAUUAGUGGCUGUGGGCGGGAGCCGCUGGACUUGGAUGUCGUGGCGCGCUGUGCACGCUGCCAGGUGCCGAAUGUUGAUCCUGAUACGGCGGAGAAGCAUAAGCGGGAGCCGUGGGAUACGCUGAUGACGUAUCGCCGGGUGGAUGAGGGGAUGAAGUAUAAGCCUUGCUUUGGGAUGUUGAGUGCGCCGCGGAGUGAGGGCGUUGUUGAGGUGGGAAUGAAGCUGGAGGUGUUGGAGGAGACGACGCAGCACCGGUAUAUUAAAGGAUUUUGA